UCACGCCGGGGCCGGGCCUGGGGCUGCCUGGGGCCCAGGGGUCAUGUCGGUCGCGUGACGCCGACAGCCAAUUAACGUCGCAAGUAAUUAUCGGUGACUGCGCGAGAUCUAUCGGCCGCGAAAUCGUGCGUGUAACGCUGUUUUCGCGCGACACGUCGUCGAGCUAAUUCUCUAGUGUCGCUCGCGCGCGUGAGAGAGAGAGAGAGAGAGAGAGAGAGAGAGAGAUAAACAAAGAAAAGAGAGAAAGAGGGAACGAGAGCAAGUUAAUUUUACCUCGCGCGCGAUGAUCCUAUAAAACGAGAUAUUGGCUGAGCGCGAACGGAAAUGGCGCGGUGCCGAUUGGCGGACGAUGACGACAAUACGCAAGCCGCUAUUAAUAAACCGGCGCAUGCGCGCCACGCCGGCCGCCGUGUGUAUCCGCCAUUCAUGCGAGUCGAUUUCGUUGUUUCUGUGUGUGCAGGCACGAGCCAGGCCUGAGGCCAGCCAGCUAGGCACAGCCAGCAAGAGCGAGACGAACGGUAAGAGUGGAAGAAGUGCCAUUUUGAGGAUCCGUAAGAAUGAUGCUAAUCAAAUAAUAAAACGAGGAACAAAUAAUCAGCUGGUACAAUAAAUAUUCAACGUGUAAUAUGGGGGCGUUUUUGGAUACUCCGAACACAGAGAAGUGCAAUGAGCAUGGCACUGGUAACGGCCUGCGGUACGGCGUUGCCAGUAUGCAAGGAUGGCGAAUGGAGAUGGAGGACGCUCAUCGAGCAAUUCCCUGUUUGGAUGGUGGUCUCUCGGAUUGGAGCUAUUUUGCAGUGUUUGAUGGCCAUGCAGGUGCAUUGGUAUCAGCGCACAGUGCGGAACACUUAUUAGAAUGUAUAAUGCAAACGCAGGAGUUUAAGGCCGAGGAUGUUAUAAAAGGGAUCCACUCUGGAUUUCUCAGACUCGACGACGAGAUGAGGGAUUUGCCAGCGAUGAGCGCCGGCAUGGACAAAUCCGGCUCCACGGCGGUGUGUGCAUUUAUAUCGCCCAAAAAUAUUUAUAUCGCCAAUUGUGGCGACUCCCGGGCGGUACUCUGCAGAUCUGGAACACCAGUCUUCUCGACGCGGGAUCAUAAGCCCGUUUUACCCGCUGAGAAGGAGAGAAUUCAGAAUGCAGGUGGUAGCGUAAUGAUCCAAAGAGUUAAUGGAUCUCUGGCGGUUUCCCGAGCAUUGGGUGAUUACGAGUACAAAAAUCUAAAAGAUCGAGGCCCUUGUGAGCAGUUAGUGUCGCCGGAACCAGAAAUAUUCAUGCUAGACAGGGACGAUGAACAUGACGAGUUUCUAGUUUUAGCAUGUGAUGGCAUUUGGGAUGUAAUGAACAACGAAGAUUUAUGUACUUUUAUACGUUCAAGGCUGCAGAUAACUGAUGAUUUAGAAACAGUUACCAAUCUGGUUGUAGACACUUGUCUUUAUAAGGGUAGCAGAGAUAAUAUGAGUAUAGUCCUGGUAACGUUUCCGGCUGCACCAAAACCAAAUCCUGAAGCACUGAAGCAGGAGGCCGAUUUGGAAAUGGCUAUUGCAAGGAGAAUUAAAGAAAUAGUCGCCCAAGAGGAGGACAAGAGUGAAUUUGAUUAUCUAAAAAUGUUGGAACUUCUUAGAGGAGGCGAGCGUUUUCCUUAUCUGCCUCCUGGUGGUGGUCUUUAUGCUAAGCAAUCAUUUAUCGAGAAAAUGUUUCGAGAAAUGUGUCCCAGCAAAGCGCAUUCUAAUUCACAGAGCAGUUAAUGUAUGCAAUUACGUAUACGAUUUCAUACAUGCGAAAUUGCAAUAGACUGGCCAAUCCAAAAGUGGUGAAAAUGAGAUAUCUAUCAUCAAGAGUCAUUAUGGAGUACUACAUGAGCAGAGACUGUGCAGAGUGGUAAUUGAUUAUUAAUGUCAGUUUCUUUUUUGAAUUGUUACAUUUACGCGUGAUAAAGAAACAAAGCAUUUUUUUCAAUUAAGGAUAAAACGGAGAAAAAUUGGGAAAAUUCUUUUAAUAUAUAUCUCAAACAUACAUUUUUUUACUCCUUUUAUACAUUGAAUUAUACACGAAACAUCUUCAUACGAUAUGUAUUUUUAAAAUUUUAUUAACUUCAACAGAGAUAAUCAUAACUUUGAAGUAAAAUUAUGCUACAUAAAUAACUGAUAUAAUUAUGUAAAAAUGUUAAAUUACCGUAAGACUAUUGAUUAGUAAAUUAGAAACCUAAUAUAUUGCUAACUUUAAAAAAGCUAUUCUAGAAUUAAUAUACAUAUACAUACAUAUAUAUUUCUUUGGAUUGAUAUAUGUAAAAUUAUAUUUAGUUUAUUUUAAUGGGAAAUUGAACGUAGCAUAAUUCACACAAUGUAUAUUAUGUAAUUGUAGAAAUUGAUGUAUUCUUCACUUAAUAUCGCUGUAUGAUUAUAUGCAUAAUAGGAUCUUCAAAGCACAGUUAAUUUUUUUUAUAUUUAAUUGUGUUGCACUUCUUAUGCAAUUAAAACAAUUUUAUUCGAUCGUAAAUAAAAUAAACUUUGUUUUUUAUAUAAAAAUAGAAAUCGAAGCUCUCAUAUAUAUCCCUUUUCCUAUUAUAUAAGAUUUACUUAUCUGGCAACUUCUAUUUCUUAGAGUUGCCUGUGCUAGCUCGUUUAGAUAUCUUGUUCAGUAAUAUAUAUAUGUGUGUAUUUACGUGUACGAAUACAAUGUGCUACAAAAAUUAUUUUUAUAUGUUUAUUCCAAAAUAUUGAAGAUGAUACAAAAGAUCUAAAAUGGUAUGGACAUACCGUUAAUAUUUAAAAAGUAUGCGAUUUUUCUUAUUGAUAUUACUUAAAUAUACAGUAAUAACAAUAAAAAAACAGAUCCUAGUUUAUUUGAGGUAUCACAAUGUAUGUUUGUUCAGAUAAAACAUAGCCAUUUUAUAAUAAGAUAAAAACUGUAUAUUCACCUAUCCACGCAUACCCACAUAUGUAUGAAGUACUUAGCUAUUUUAUGGUUUUCAUUUCAGUUAUUUUAUAGUUGUACAUUUCUAAAAUGUCAUUUAAAUUGUUGCGCUUUGUGAUUCAAAUCUGCUUAUAGUUCAACUUAAAUAUUUAAUUUAAAAUAUACUGGUAACGCCUGAUUUAAUGCUUAACAUACAACAAUCAUCACGUCAAAGUAAUUACACACGCACACGCGCACACACACAUGCAAAAUAUACGUUGAUAAAUAAGAUGUAUAGAUGAAUUGUGCUAAAUUAUUAAUAUAUAGAUAAAUUUAUAUUUGUUAACAUUUCAA